GAGUGUCGAGGGGUCUUGGACAAUAAUCAGCGAUUUUCUUCAUUACCAACGUACCUACCUGUGAGCUAUCGGCUCUUCAACGCCGAGACAUCUUUCUUCCUCAAAGAAGCCAACCAGGACUUCAUGAGAAAUUCCAGUUUGCAGUCCAGGGUGGAGUCCUUCUUCCCCUACAAAGCCAAGAGACCGCCCGUGUUAAACGCCAGCUACGGACCCUUCUCCGUGGAGCAAGCGGUGCCCCAGGACCUCCUGCUGACUUCCAGCUCUUUUGGAUCCGCCAACAAGUUCACCUACAACUGGAAGCUGCAGGCCUACAUCAUGAGCACCAAGAUCUACCUGAGCAAGCCCAGGGUGCAGGUGCUGUUCUACAUCGUGGGCAGGGACUGGGACGAGUACAGCCCCGCGGAGCGGCUGCCCUGCCUGCGCGUGUUCGCCUUCCGCGAGACGCGCGAGGUGCGCGGCAGCUGCCGCCUCCGGGGGGACCUGGGGCUCUGCGUGGCACAGCUGGAGCUGCUGCCCAGCUGGUUCAACCCCCCCACGGUGCUCACGGGUCGGAAGAAGGCGGCGGAGCAGCUGGAGGGGAGCCCUGUGGAGCUUUACUACACGGUGCAACCCGGGGACGAGAAGGGCGAGUGCACGGCCGAGGAUCUCCGCAAGGGCAACGCCAUCCGGCCCGGGAAGGAUGGCAUGGAUGAAAGCAUGUCCCACCUGCAGAGGAUCGGCUCUGUCAGCCUCUACCGUGGCCAGGAGGCCUCCCAGCUCACGGAGCUACGGCUGGACAGCAACGUUGUGGUGUGGCUGCCCUCCAAGCCCGUCAAACAAGGGGAGGUUGUGAAUGUUUACGUGACGAUUGCCAACAACUCCACGGUGGAUCAGUUCAUCCUCAGGGCCAAGGUGAAGAAGGGUGUGAACAUUCUGGCUGCGAGGACGAGCGACCCGCGGCAGUGGGACGUGAAGCAGGAGGUGGGCAACGGGGGGAAGCACUCCACCACCACAGUCCUGUGCCAGAGGAUAGCCCCAAGCUCAAGGAACAGGAGCACCAGCCUGUUCCACGAGGUCGUGCAGCUGGAGUUUGAGAUCGCCAGCUUCAGCAGCCUGUCGGGCACGCAGCCCAUCAGCUGGCAGGUGGAGUACCCCCAGCACGGCUCCUCCGAGCCCGCCCUGGCCGAGAUCUUCAUCUGCCAGAAGGACCUGGUGGGCAUCGUGCCCCUGGCCAUGGACACGGAGAUCCUGAACACGGCCAUCCUGACGGGCAGGACGGUGGCAGUGCCCAUCAAGGUGGUGUCCAUCGAGGAGAACAGUGCUGUGACAGACAUCUCUGAGUCUGUGGAGUGCAAAUCCUCCGGGGAGGACGUCAUCAAAGUUUCUGACAGGUGUGACUACGUUUUUGUCAACGGCAAGGAGAUGAAAGGCAAGGUGAACGCCCUGGUGAACUUCACCUACCAGUACCUGAGUGCCCCCCUGCAGAUGACGGUGUGGGUGCCACGCCUGCCCCUCCAGAUCGACAUUUCUGACACUGAGCUCAGCCAGAUCAAAGGCUGGCGAGUCCCCGUGGUCUCCAACAAAAGGCCCACGAGGGACAGCGACGACGAGGACGAGGACGAGCGCAGGGGCAGGGGCUGCACCCUGCAGUACCAGCACGCCAUGGUCAGGGUGCUGACCCAGUUUGUGGCCGAGGACUCGGGGCCCUGGGGCCAGCUGAGCUACCUGCUGGGCUCAGACUGGCACUUUGACAUCACUGACCUGGUCAGGGACUUCAUGAAGCUGGAGGACCCGCACGUUGCCAGGCUGCAGGAGGGCAGGGUCCUGGUCGGCCGGGAAGUGGGGAUGACCACCAUGCAGGUUUUGUCUCCUCUGUCUGACUCCAUCCUGGCAGAGAAGACGGUGACUGUGCUGGAUGACAAAGUGACCAUCACAGACCUUGGGGUGCAGCUGGUCUCUGGGCUUUCUCUCUUCCUGCAGCCCAGUGCAGCCACCAGCAGGGCCAUUGUGGCCACAGCCGUUGCCCAGGAGCUGCUUCACACUCCAAAGCAGGAGGCUGUGGUUAGCACCUGGAUCCAGUUCAGUGACAGCUCAGUCACCCCUCUGGACAUCUACGACCCCAAGGACUUCUGGCUGUCGGCGGUGUCGCUGGACGAAGCCGUGGUCUCCGUGCACCAGAGCCCUGCCCUGCGGUGGCCCGUGGUGGCGGCGGAGGGCGAGGGCCAGGGAGCGCUGGUCAAGGUGGACAUGAUGAUCUCUGAGGCCUGCCAGAAGUCCAAGAGGAAGAGCGUGCUGGCCGUGGGCAGCGGCAGCAUCAGGGUGAAGUUCGGGCAGAACGACGCGGACGCGGAGGCGGAGGCGGGCGGCGACUACGGCGCGGACGAGAUCGAGAACCGCGCCAGCGACCGGCGCCACAAGGGCGCGGAGCCCGAGCGCCACGGGCACGACGGGCGCUACCACGGCGGCUCCUCGGCCGACAGGGACCCCGAGGGGCCCCUCAGGAAGGCCAGCACCACGGCCAAGUCCGUGCUCAGAAAUAAAGUCAUCAAAAACAACCGCCUGGACGGCGGCAAGCUCUCGGACGACAGCCAGCUGCAGAACAUCCCCAUCGACUUCACCAACUUCCCCGCCCAGGUGGACCUGCCCAAAGGUGGAGCUGGCGUGGAGGACAACGACCUGGUGCAGACACCCCGGGGGCUCAGCGACCUGGAGAUCGGCAUGUACGCCCUGCUGGGCGUCUUCUGCCUGGCCAUCCUGGUGUUCCUCAUCAACUGCGCCACGUUUGCACUCAAGUACCGCCACAAGCAGGUGCUGGUGGAAGGACAGAGCACCAUGACGCACUCCCACGACUGGGUGUGGCUGGGCAACGAGGCCGAGCUGCUGGAGAACGCGGCGGACGCGUCGCCCCAGCAGGACGAGCACACCACCAUCAUCGACCGCGGCUCGGCCGGCGAGGAGAGCAACCAGCUGCUGAACGGCAGCGCCCAGAAGAACGCUCCGAGCCAGGUGCACAGGGCUGCAGACCCGGGGGGGAGGCUGGGCAAGGAGCACAAGGUGGAGCCUUUGCACUCGCCCACGUCCAAGAGGAAGCGGGUGAAGUUCACCACCUUCACCACCAUCCCGCCCGACGACGGCUGCCCCACCGUCAACUCCAUCCUCGGCAGCAAUGACGAUGACAUUAAGUGGGUGUGCCAGGACAUGGAGCUGGGCGACUCCAAAGAGAUCAGAAACUACGUGGGGAAGUUCAAAGACAAAGCGUAGCUCCCUGCUGGGGUGUUUUUUUUUGGGUUCGACCACACCUUGAUGCCUUCAGUUCUACAGUAUAUAUUGGGAUGAGGGGGAGGGGAAGGGGCCGCCGGGAGAAACGAUGAGGCAGUUUUUAUAAUCAGGGAAAGAAAUUUGCCAAACUCUCCGUGGUUUGUUUCUGUUUUUCGCUUCGUUUUGUUGGGGUUUUGUUGUUUGUUUUGGUUUUUUUUCCAGUGGUUAUUCUGCUACUCCUGGAUUUAGGAAGCAGAAUACAAAAGGAAAGGAGCAAGGAAAUGGUACGACCAGUUUGAUGAACCGGGCAAGAUGAGGUUGUGAAAAUUCAUUUUGUGGGUCAUGCAAAUAAUAACGAUAGUAAUACUUCACAGUACCAAAAAUAUCUGUAAAAGUGAGAGAAACAUAAGAGCAUGACAAGAAUAAGCAAGAAAUGAGAGAAUAUAAGAGCAUGACAAGAAUAAGCAAGAAAUGAGAGAAUAUAAGAGCAUGACAAGAAUAAGCAAGAGGCAAACAAUAACUUGUUCUGGUUCCAAUAAAACAUCACAGUUACGGACGUGUGACCCACAAGGAGAAUUUUUAUAUUGGUACUCAAGGCAUUUCUUCUUUUCAUUCCUUCGUUUGAAAUGGAGAUGUGUCUUUGGCAUUGCAUGUGAAGGAGGAAGAAAUUACCUGGUAUUUUCAUUUUGACUUUUCCAUUUGUCUUGUAAAUUGAAACAGAAUCAUUUUCCCUCUUGUAUUUUUCUUUUAAAUAUCUCGACAACAGGAAAAUUUAAAAUUCACUAAGUUCACAGUGGGACGAGAGCAUUCUGUUUCUAAGGUAGCUGUAAACAGUCUCCUGUCGUUGAAAGAAUUCAGGGGAUAAGUACUGACUAGUAAUUUCCACAUGGUGUCUCUUCUGAAAGCCUGAGCCUCCAUCCCACCCUGGCUGGGAAGAUGUUCUCUUUGGAAGAAUUUCCAUUUUCCUUUCAGGCUGGGGUUGUUUGUUUAGUUGCUCGUUUUAAAUUUCCACAACCAAAGUUGCUGUGUUUCACCAAGGGAAGAAGGUGCUGUUUUCUGUUUGCUUUUUGGAGUACCAAGCAAUGGCAGUGCCCCUCUGCUGCACUGUAAACCUUCCUGGAACUGAGACCCAAAUAUGCACAGCCUGGAGUUGGGCUGGUUUGGGGUUUUUUUUUUUGCCAGGUUCAUGAAUUCAUAAUUUUGUGCUGCAUUUUUCUGUUUAUUCUGGUGUCACCAGCUCUCAUCCAGCUCUGAAAGCAAGAAGAGGAAUGGACAGAAAGACCCUGAUUGCCCCAAAGGUUUAUUCCCUUUACUGGGAGAUGUGGCCUCUGGGCACACUGCUGGGAGAGAGGGAGGGAAAUAUUGCUGAAACAAGAAAUAUCUGGAGCUGUUUUAUUGAUUUUUUUUCUUUUUUUUUUUUUUUUGUUUUUGCCAUUGGACCAGCGAAGACUGAAAAGUUUAGACUAGACUGUAAAUCUGAAUUUUGAACAGACAGAUACCAAGGCAGUAAUGAACCGGAAGCAAAUACAAAAUAGAGAUUUAAUUCGUGGUGUGGACUGGCAGAACUGUGCUGGCUCAGUGCCAGCUCCCAGAUCAGAAUCUGUUCAAAGAGGGAUCCAGUGUCCUCCCAAAGCUCUCCUGACUGGAGGAGGUGGCAGAGCCAGCCUUGGGAAGCAGUGUUAUUCCUGACUCAGCCAGAGGCACUUGCAUCAUCCUGCCUUUGCCAUGAAUUUCCUUGGUUUGGGUUUUUUAAUUACUAAACUCCGUAGUUUGGUUGGUUUUUUUUUUUCACUUGGACAAAGUCAAUCCUGCCACCCAAUAACAUAGAUGGACGUUUUAACAAGCCCUGCCUAGUAUGCAUUGUAGACUGAAAGAAUGUAAUAUUUAUUUAUACAUGUUGUAUGAACUGUAAUUAAAAUGCU